AUGAAUUUCUCGUUGGGCCGGUGCGAGAACCUUACUUAUAGUAGAUUCCUGAGAGGAUGUUGUCGCUCGGCAAGAAUUGAGAACUUGAAAACGACAACUCCAAGGAGAAACACUUUCAUACUUAAGUACAAGGAACCUAAGCUUGACAGUCUGAAGGGUUUGAUCUCUGAUUUGACUCUCAGUAAACAUGAUGACUUCGGAAAAAACUAUGGGAAAAUUUUGAGCCUUCUAACUAAGAAAGUUGACUAUGGAAUUAUCAGCUCUUUGGCACAAUAUUAUGAUUCACCUCUACACUAUUUCACAUUCAUUGAUUUCCAACUAGCUCAUACUUUGGAAGAAGUUGAGAGAAUCGUGGGUCUCAAAUUGAAGGAUUUCAAUCCAUUUCCAAAGCUCGAAGAAGAAGCAGGCCCAAAAAAGAUAGCUUCAGCCCUAAGUAUCAAUGUCCCGACUGUUCUAGACAAUUGGGUCGAGAAAGGGGGUUGCGAAGGUUUUGCCAUGACAUUUUUGGAAGAUUUAGCUCUGAAGUUCAAGAAAAAGGGAAAUUGGAAUGCAUUCUAUGUUGUGUUGGCUUUGUUGAUCCAUGGGAUUGUGGUCUUCCCAAACGUUGAAAAAUUUGUGGAUCAGGUAGCCAUAGAAGUCUUUCUCUCUGGCAAUCCCGUACCAUUUCUCUUAGCUGACAUUUACCAUGCCCUUCACGCUCGACACGAAAAGAGGGGUGGAACUUUGUUGCGCUGUGCUCCUUUGCUUUAUACUUGGUUCAUGCAACAUAUGCCCGAAGAAGGCCCUUUUGUGGCAAAUGAGCUUAAAUCUCCUCAAAGAUUAGCGUCUCUCACUGCAAGUUCCAUCCGAUGGUAUAUCCGAGAGUGGGAAACCCCAGACAUUAUAGUCAGCUGUGGGGAAUUUCCUAAUGUACCAUUGUUGGGUACUAAAGGUUGCAUCAAUUGUAACCUUAUGUUAUCUCGAAUGCAACACGGUUACUCCAUGGAGGGUCCUCCUGACGCAAAGGACUUACAGCCAUUUGUGCUCUUUGAUAUCCAAGCAAGCAAUCCUGAUGUAAGAGCGAUACGAAAGGAUUGGUUAAAGGUUGUUAGGAAGGGUAAAGAGUUUGGAAAAAGAAACCUUCUCGCCAAAGAACCUUACACUCGAUGGGUGAAAGAAAGAGUUGGGGAAAUCCAUUUGCCAUUUAUCUUAAAGGCUUCGGUUUUUCCCAAAACUCCUGAGCCCAAGCCCAUACUCCCCGAGGACAUGGAGAAACUCACUACUAAGGUUAAGGAGCUCGAAUUGGAGAAUACUGAAUUACGGAUUCAGAUGAACCGAGUUAUCUUGGAAAAUCAGAAUUUGAAGGAGGAACAGAUGGAUACACUGGUUUCUACUUUCGGUGCUUUUGAAGUAAACGAAGCUGGUCCUCUAGUUCCAUUAUGGGCAGUGUUUCUUUAUCUACUCUCUACACUCCCGGGAAAAGAUGAGAACAAUGAGCUCAUAGGGUUUGCUUACAUUGGUUAUGUUCGUCAAGCCUUUGAGGCAGGAUCGUUACACUAUUAUUCUGAAAUUCUUCAGUGCAACCUGUAA